AUGGUUCAAGUUAUUGGUUACUCACCUUGCUGGAUACGCGGUAGUAUAAUCGAGGAAAUAAUUUGGAUUGGCAAGGACGUGCUUGCCUGGUGCACCGGCUUGUACAUCGUGUUUUUUCACAUCGUCAAGAAGCAGCAAACAUUGCGUUGGUGCUGGAACAAUGCGACCGGCGACGGUGCUCGUUGCAUAUCCGGUCACAUAUCCUUGCCAAUUUUUGCCUUCUCCGAGAGAUCGCUGAAUCCGCGAAUCUUCGUUCUUGCAUAUCCCUCGAUGACAAAGAUCUGCGAAUGCGUUCAGGGUUGCAAAAGCGGUUACUUGGCGAUCGCGUUCACCUCCCACAAUCAUCUCGUAUCGUUGGGCUCUUACCCGGACUUUCCGAUCAUCCUAUGGUGUUGGAGAACAGGUGAGAAGAUCGCGAUCGUGGACACGCCUAUACGUGAUGAAGUCGGUCAAAUAAUCAGAAUAAAUCAAAUUGGACGCACUAUCAUUGGUCAAAUGGGAAAGACCUGCGGAAGACUACUUACCUGGGAACUCGAUGUUAUCGGCAAGACUGUCAUUUUGAAAGAUUACGAAAUAAAACUACCUGGGGAGGAAGCUAUGAUCUUCGGUAUCAGUUGGUGUCCCACGUCGAAUUAUCCUUUAUUGGCCAUCACUGACAAAGAUGGUCACAUAUAUUUGAGCGAUUACGAUGGCACUGAUAUUCAGCGCAUCGUUGUCUCGCAACACUGCGGAAUCUGCGUGGAUGUCUCGGUACCAGCCGUGUGCUGGUUUCGCGAAGGGAUUGUUCUCAGGACGACUUUUUGUCAAAUUCGUUAUUUUAAGAAAGAGCCAAAGACUAACGUUUGGCAUAAACAGUGGUACAUCAAAUCGAUUUACCAGCCAUGUAUAUUGGUCGCGCAUCCCUUCAAAAACGAUUGUCUCUUCUACUACACACUUGAGGGAUACUUGAUGCAGAUGAUCUUCUCUGAGGAGGCAGGCAGAAAACCAACAAUCUAUAAAUACUUAUAUAAUGGCGGUAAAUAUCAGUUUGUUGAUUUCCUGUAUCCUUGGUGCCAUCAUGUCGCGGUGACGGAUGAAUUCAAAGAGAUGAGCAUCCUCGAAUGCUAUAGUGGCAAUGAAAUCUCGAAAGUAGAGCUCAACAUGGAUGGCUUUAUAUCUGCUCAAACGACACAUCCGAAUGAUCCAUUGAUCGCCGUUAUCAGCGAUCAAGGUGAGCUGAUAAUUGUGGGUGUCACUAAUCCGCAACAACCAAUCACACUGACAUAUUUUCGUCUUCAGAGAAAUUUUUUGGAUCUCAUAAAAUUUUCUCGCUCUGGCAAAUUCCUGAUUGCCGCGCAAAAGAAUACGGGCAAUUGCUAUUGCAUAGACCAACGGCGCGACAAGCCAUGCAACGUGAUUGCCCAGAUCCGGCCGAGGAGGCGUUUCGUCGAUAUGAUACUACACGACGACGAGGUUCAUAGGAGUUUGAAAGUGUUCGCGCUUUGUGUCAAGUAUGAGAUGUGCUCUGCCUCGGGUAACGAGUUUCUCGUGUACGACGUUUCGUACAGUAAUGCGUCGCAGCCAAAUCGCUUGAUCCAAGAGAGUAGCAGCAUAGUGAUGCUGCCCGCGCUCUUCUACGAGUUCUCUCAAGUGCCCGGCGGUGGUUUAUCGUUGAUAGGCUCGCCUUAUCUCAAACGGGAACUGUACACGCUCAAGUUGCAGCAUGAGGUCGCGACAUUGGUAGACGCAGAGCUCACGGGCCAUCACGUGCGUCUCGCCCGCGUCUCUGUCAGUCGACGUUGGAUCGUCACGUGUGCCUACGACGGGUUGGUCAUAAUCCGUGACAAAACGAUACAUCAGAUCGUCGCCGUGGUGCCGGCGCAUCACAGGCUCGAUUCAGGUAGCCGGAGGGCGAUCAUCGAUUCUACUGGUAAUACAGUAGUUGCUAUUGGUCAGGAUGGUUCUUUGAUCGCAGUGCGCGUUCGUCGUAAAAGUAGAAAGGAGAGCGAAGCAUUACCGUCCACGAUUGAGAAAAGUAUUUAUCCAGUAAAUCAGGAAUGGUAUGAGGAGCAGAAGGAGAAGAUAUUAUCCGAUUAUGCCUCUUUCGAUUUGGUGUUUGAUACCUCGUUGACUCGUAUCAAACAGGAUUUCCCAGAAAUGCAAUACGGAUCCUGGGAGCAAUGGCGAGAGGAGAUGCAACUGGAGAAAGAAGCAAAAUUUUUCGCCGCAAAGAAGGCUACCAUUAUGAAGGAUCUGGAGACAUUGAAAAUCAGCCUACAAAAGCUUCUCGACGCCAACGAGACUUGUCCGGAGAUGGAGAGGCUGCCAAUAUCCGCGUUCGAUUUGAACAAGACGAGCCGCGAUCAGAAGUUGAAAACGGCCAGGGACGAGCGUGAGGAAGUUCGUAUGGAGCUCGAGUAUCUCUGCGCAUCGAUGAAUCGUGUGGCCAACUGGAUCAAGACGACUUUCUGGGAUCCGCAAGUCGUGCUUGGUCGCUCGAUAUUUUCCUUCCGCGGUGACAUGGAAGUGUCGAAUUAUCCGCUCACGCAGGAAGAUCCAUAUUUCAACGACCAUCUACAAUGGGCGCAGUUUGUUAAGGAUUCGGUGGGUACCAUCGCGGACGAUACUUUCCAGCCAUGGCGCCAUUACACUUACGAUCAACUUCAAGACGAAUUAUGUAAAUUCGUGAGAGUUUAUCAUCACAUAGAUAGGGUAUGCAAGUUGAUUGUGCUCCUUGAAAAAGAGGAGCGCGAGCUCGAUCCUGAGGAGCUAGCAGAAAUGCUGGCGAUCGAAGGUAUGACAACGCAUCGGUUCGUCGAGCAAUCAACUUACUUUUACCAACAGUUGGAGUCUUAUGGGUUUGCGCACGUGAUAUUAAACGAGCGUUUUCUGAUGGACGAUUACAACAAGCUCCGUGCCUACUUCAACAAACACUUUGACGACAUGUAUGCGGCGAAAGAGCGGGAAAUGAGCGCAAUACAAGAGAGGAACAAGAGGCUACGUCAUAUAGAAUCCGAGUUGAGGAUAAUGUUCGAUCAGAGCAAGCAGGUUCCUGUUGAUCCACAAUGGAAUCUCAAGGAGAAAGUAGAGAACAUUAUUGAAGUAUUUCGUGAAGAGAUCAAGGCAAAGCCCUACGUGACACCAUCGCAGCAAGAAAUUUUAGACAGGCAAGCGAUGGAAGCCGAACGAAUGAGACAAUUGUUGCUGAUCGAUGAUUUUCGCGAUCGCGCUCUGAUGAAGAUGAUGGAUGGCGUAUUAGAAAUUCGUUGGGAAGAGACCAUCAAAAUAGAUGUGCGUAAGCCCGCGUGUAUGUUGGAAAAACAGCCAGAGCAAUAUACGCCUGACGAUAUCAAAGCCGUAAAGAAGUACGAAGAGGACGUGGAGACCCUUCAACAGGAGCGCGAACGUUACAAAAGAAUAUUGGAAGCCGAUUACGCCAAGAUCAGCGGACUUCGGCAAGAAGGCAUCGAGAAAUUUGACACUAAGCUCAACGAUCUCUUUCAGUUGAAGUUAAAAAUCGAAGCGGCGAUGAAGCAACUGAAGUUUCGACACAUUCGCGGUCGUAUACAAAACCUGACACGAAUUGCAAAGAUACAAGAAGAUGAAAAGAUAAAAAAAAAGAUAACCGAGAAACAUCUUUACAAGACCGUGCUGGAGAAACACGUGCGGAAGUUGCAUGACAUCUAUCAGGACUUGUUCGUGCAACACGACGCACUUUGUACUCGUGAGAAAGCGAUAGUGAAGAAGUUACAGCAGGAAUUCGCCGCACUGUCAAAGGUCAACAUGCAGCUUCUCGAACGACAUUACAAGCGAAGGCCGAAAGUGUCUUUGAAGAACGUUGUUGCCAGCGAUCUGCUAACUCUCGCGCAAGACCUUAUAAAUCAUACCAAAUCGGCUUAUUUGCCGGCCGAUUGCGCGGACUACUUGAAAAUCCUCGAGAAUCUCGACGCGAGACCCGAGGAAUUGCCGCAGUCGAUCGAUGCGACUCAUUGGAAUCACUUCACUCAAUUGCGUCGCCAGAAGAUCAAUAUAGAACUGAAGAUCAAAGCUCAGCAGCUGGAGAUAACCUUCGCGGAGCAGACGAUUGCGGUAUUCGAGAACAAGAUUGUCGCUUGCAAAUCGAGCGUGGACCUCCUCACGGAUCGGUUGAAGAGAAUGAGAGACGAGCAUGUGCUGUGUGAGCUGGAUAGCGAAGUGCAAUUGGUACUCCAAAGAGGUCAGGUGGAGUUGGAAUUGGAGGGCGAACGACGUGAUACCGUGGAUGCUAUUUUGGUGCCACGUAAUGAGAUCGAGCAAGUUAACGAGCACAUUAUCGCCGCGGGAGCGCGCAAACUGGACGCCCUGAAGCGCAUAAUCGACUUCCGCCAUGGAAUAUUGUCGCUCGAAUGGGAACAUCGUUGCCUGAGAAUGCGCUUCAAGGAAUUGGAAGAGGAUCUACACUUUCUGAAUAACAUCACGGUUACUCGAGAUAUGCGAAUGUACCUGAAGAGGAAGGCAAAGGGAUUGCGCGAUGAUAAAACUGCGGUGCGUCUCGAGAAGGAACUCGAGAUCGCGAAGAAAUCUUUGAACAAGGCAUUGUCCAAAGAGAUGACUAAGCUGGAAAAUGUCCGACAGAAGAUCACUCGCGUAAAGAAAAAGAAUGCCGAGCUUGACCAAACCGUCACGGAGAUGAAUGUGGCGAGAUGGGAAUUGGAGUAUCAACGUGAUAUCGAUGAAGAAACGAAACAAAGCAAGCAUAUGGAUCGGAAGAUGCGUCUGUUUAAGCAGCGAGCCGAUCUAAUCAGGAAGCUUCAGGAUAAUUACGCUGAGUUGAUGGUGUUACAGAUCGAACACGAAUUAUUACGACUACGAACGUAUCCCACGUUGAAAUGCUUCGAAACAUUGGAUGAUAAAGAUAAAAUAUGUUAA